CACUGUGACCGCUGGCGUUGCCCUUGAGAAGCCUGAGAGAAACUCCUUCAAGUUGCUAGUUCGUGACUCUCCCCCUACGUUUCUUUGAUCACUGGUCAAGCCAUCAUACGUGUUUGGCUUCAGUUUCGGAGUUGGCGUUGUCGGCAGUUCACACGCAUGACGAGAUGGAUGCGCUCACCGCGACUUUCAAUUGGGGUUCUUUGCGGGACUGGAUUCUUGAUCAUGCAACCCUGGGCCCGGCGGACUGAGGGGCGAACAUGGUGGAACGUCAGACACCUACAAGCUCCACCCGACUUAGAGACUGAGCUACUCGCGGGCAUCCUUGGUUUCCUAAAUAAGGGACCCAAGUGUUCCACAUCCCGAGCCAUCCACAAAGUUCCGACGUGGACAGUAACGACUGCCGAUGCCCUGAAGAUGGUACGAUGUCAGUGGCGGGCCAAAAGACGAAAGUGUAACAUAUCCUCUCAUUUCGCGCACAAGCUUACGGGGCAGCGAGAGUGUUGGGUUUACAAGGGCUGGAGCACCUGCACCACUGUGGGCCAGCGACCAGACCGGGGAAAUCAGCAUGCUGAAAAGGUGAGCAGUAUAGAGAGAUGGUCGAAUACUCGAUAGACGCCUCGGUGAAUGUGCCCAACAGCGUCGCAGGUGAUGAUCAGCAGUUGCAGCAGUACGUCUUUCAGUGGCUUCUUCACAAUGUCCUCAAAAAUUUGGAAUUUGAUGCACGCUGGAGUUUUCCUAAGUAAGGUGAAGUACAGGACGUCAGGUGUGA